AUGUGCGACUUUGAGACAUGGCACGCGGAAGAUGGCAUGCCGAAGCCUCGAAGCUUGUCUGCUGUGAUCUUCCUGGACAAGAAUGCAGAGCACAAUGGUGCGCUGAUGGUGAUUCCUGGGUCCCACAAGUCCUUCCUGCGUUGUUCCGGUCGUCAGAAGAAUGCAAACUGGGAGAAGUCCCUGCAAUCGCAGGUUUACGGCACGCCAUCGGAGGAUCACAUUCGCCAGCUGGCGGAGAAGCAGGGUAUCAAGCACUGUGUGGGCGAAGCCGGGGAUGUCCUGUUCUUUGACUCCAACUUGCUCCAUGCUUCCAGUGGGAACCGAUCGCCCUUCUCUCGUCGCAACCUCUUCGUGGCAUUUAACAGCUGGACCAAUCGACUACAAGCCCCAUUCUACGCCGAGGAAAAGCGGCCAGAGCACGUAGCUCACCGGGAGAGAAUCACACGCUGUGACCGAACGCCGUAG